AUGUUCGCACCAAAAGUGGAUCUGAACAGUCAGAGGUGUCGGAAAUCGGAAGAUCCUGAAAUCGGAACUGGCUCAAAAGUCGGAAAUCGGAACUCAAAAAUUUUUUUCGGAAAUUGGAGCGCGGAAGGAAAAAACGUCGGAAAUCGGAAGUCGGAACUGUCGGGAAUCGGAACUGGAUCAAAAAUCGGAAAUCCUACCUCUGGUCCUAACGCCAUAUGAAUAGAUUUUAAAUAAUAUUGUAC